AUGUUCUCCUUCGGAGCUAUGCUCCCUGAUAACAAGCCAGACCCGUCAGAUUCGGAGGACCAUUGCGCUCAUGCCUCCCCACACCACAUCGAGAAGGAUGAAUGCGUGUGGCUGCCGGACGGCGACAUCAUUCUUUUGCCUCGAAAUGAAGCGAUAGGGUUCUGUGUAUACCGAGAGGUCCUGGAGCGCGAGUCGAGGGUUCUCAAGGACGAAAUUGCGCGCCAGCUGCCUACAGCCACCACGACAGCAGACGGCCGUCCCGCCAUCUGCAUGCCAGACACCACACAUGAACUGCAAACACUGCUCUCCGCCUUGUUCAUAGGGAAGGACUACUACCAUGUCGCCGACAAGCCCUCCGCGAUUUGGUUCGUCUACCUCUCCGCGCUCGUCCGGAUGGGUCACAAAUACGAAAUACAAGACCUCGUCGACGAGGGCAUCGCGCGUCUCAAGAAGUACUACCCCGCGAACCCAACGGAAUGGGAAGACAUCCGGACACGCGAAAAAUGCCUCGAAACCUGCGCCACUGCCGCCACGCGCGUCGUCGCGCUCGCGCUACUCACCGACACCCCCACCCUCCUUCCGGGCGCGCUGCUCGACUGCUGCAUGCUCGCGACGCGCACCCAAGCCGACAUGUUCUACAAGAACGCCAAGGGCCCCAUCCACUGCCCCGAGCUCGAGGAGCUUCCCCCAGACAUGCGCGCGCGCGUCAUGGCGGGCACCGCGCUGCUCACGACCGCGCGGGCGGCGCGCACGCUGGGGGUACUCCGCGCUGUGCCGUGCCGUGUCUGUCGCCACCCGGAGCGCUGUGCGCUCGCGAUCCAACGGACUCUGCAGGACAUCGACAUGGGCAGCCUGCGCGAGGCGACGCGCGUGCGCCACUGGUACGAGCCGCUGCAUGGGUGGCUCUGGGAGGGCAGGGAGGGCGGGGAGCAGAACCUAAGAGUGGGUUAA